CCAUUUCCUCCACAUCCAACACCCUCUCUUCAAACUCAAAAAAAAAAAAAAAAAAAAAAAAUUAUAAAUCUAUAAUUCUCCAAAAAUAAUACAAAAAUGGAAACAGAGCGGCGAGAGGGAAGCCAAGAGGCAGAGCAUGCGGCGGCGGAGACGGCGGUGCAAUCGAGGUUCCGUCGUAUCUGCGUGUUCUGCGGCAGCAGCUCCGGCAAGAAUCCGAGCUAUCAAAUUGCCGCCAUUCAACUCGGAAAGCAACUGGUUGAAAGGAACAUUGACCUUGUUUAUGGCGGAGGAAGCAUUGGGCUUAUGGGCUUAGUUUCUCAAGCCGUGUACGAUGGCGGACGCCACGUGUUAGGAGUAAUUCCAAAAUCUCUCAUGCCAAGAGAGAUCACUGGAGAGACAAUUGGGGAAGUAAGAGCCGUAUCUGGAAUGCAUCAACGCAAAGCUGAAAUGGCUCGUCAAGCUGAUGCAUUUAUUGCCUUGCCUGGUGGCUACGGAACAUUGGAAGAACUAUUGGAAGUCAUAACUUGGGCUCAAUUGGGCAUCCACGAAAAACCGGUAGGGUUGCUGAACGUGGAUGGGUACUACAACUCACUAUUGUCAUUCAUAGACAAAGCAGUUGACGAAGGUUUCGUGUCACCAGCUGCCCGUAGCAUUAUAGUUUCUGCCCAAACUGCCCAUGAGCUCAUAACCAAGCUAGAGAUUCUUCCACGUGUCUCUGAGCGUCCAACUCAAUCAUGUAACCAGAGCCGUCAAUUUGCAUGAUCAGGAGUAUGUCCCAAAGCAUUCCGGCGUGGCAUCAAAGCUGAGCUGGGAAAUGGAACAACAACUCGGAUAUACAGCAAAGUCAGACAUUGCUCGUUGACCUUAAAAGCAACCACGUGUAUAGAUUAAUCACCGUUAGAUUGAAUUUGAUCAGAGAUUGGUUUGUAAUUUUUGUAAUGUUUUUUUCUUUUCCUCUCCGAUUGUUUCAUCCAAUAGGAAGCUGACCAGGUCAACACUCAAUUGUGUAAGCGAUUAUAUAGUAGCUUUUUUCCACGUCGGUGAUAAUAUUAAUUAAUAACUAUAUAUAUAUAUAUAUAUUAUUUAUAUAU